AUGGAAAAUGAAAGCUGUGUUCUUGUCUUCCCUUACAUGCUAACUGUGACACGCCUACCUCAUACUGUUCGUAAUUUCUGUCACCAGACGUAUUUUACGCUCACCAUUUUUGUGGGGGGGAUCGUAACAAUAACGGUAGAUUUUGUCGUCGUAACAAGAACAGUGCUUUUUCUUUUCUUUUUUUCUCCUCUAGUUGCAGGCAGAAUAAUUACUUUUACAUGCACUAAACAUACGGCUACAUAUAUCUUUCCAUAUUAUGGGUUAUUUAAAAAUCGUUCACAUCAAAAUAAGUACCAUUCUUCUUCUUCUUCUUCUUCUUCUUCUUCUUCUUCUUCUUCUUCUUCUUCUUCUUCUUUCCUCUACAAUUUUUUUCUAACCUUAUUUCAUUUUAAUUUUAUUUAUAUUUCUUUAUCGCAUCCAUAUUAUUAUUAUUGUUAUUAUUAUAAUUCUUCCUUUUUCUUUUACCCUAACUUCAUUUCUUGCUUCUCCUUCUCCUCCUCCUCCUCCUCCGCCUCCUUCUUCUUCGUCUUCUUCUUCUUCUUCUUCUUCUUCUUCUAA